UCCGUUUCCAAACCUCACCGCCGCCCACCAGCGCACUGGCCCUGCAACUUCAUGAUCCAAUCACCCGACUCUAAAGCUCCACUGCUCCUCCGUCAUACUGUAUCCAUCUCAUCUCAAUUCAUUAAUUUAGUGUUCAAAUCAAACUAAGCAAGAAUUUCUCACCUAUUUAUCCCUUCAAUUUCAAUCUCUGCUCUCAUCAUUUUCAGCAGCAGCCGCAAUGGAGAAGGCAUCGAGACCUCUCCCCAUUCACCUCCUUCAAGCUUCUUUCCUCGAUCCCAUCAUCAUGGUCGUCUGUAGAUGGAGGUUUCGCCUCCGGAGCAAUCAACCUUGGCGGCGGACUCCAUGUUUUCCAAACCGCCUCCUUUAACAAUAAUCUGGUCCACCCAAUAAGGAGGACCCGACAACCUCGGAACAUCCUUCUCCGAACUGUCUGAAUUGCCUCCAGGAUUCCAAAUGCUCAGUACCCACGGACAACCCAACGCUAACCCUAAUUUCCACAGCUAUCCUCAUCGGGAAAGACGCAAUACAACCGCCGACGAAGGAGGAGCAUUGAGGCCAUCUCAUCUCAGUCUGUAUCAAUCUGCCGAUGAAGGAUCGUGAAGAAGUUUUAGAGUUUUGGAUCGUCAAGUUGCAGAGGCAGUGCUCGCAGUGGGCGACGGUGAGGGUUUGGAGACGAAAGCCACAAAAUUUUCCAUUUUUUGUUUUUCAAUUAUUUUUAAAUUUUUUAAGAAAUAAUAAUAUUUUAUUUAUUGUUAACUGUAGAUGGACGGAAUUUUAAACAGAUGCACAAUUUAAUAACAUUAAUAAUAUCCGACGCCCUAUUCUUACUUAAGUGGUAUACCUCCUCCAACUCUCGUAUACUCAUAUAGUUAAGUGGUAUCGGGGUAUUUUACCCGUAACAGAAACCCACAAAUAAAUAGCUACCGGGAAAUGAAAUCAUAAUAGAAACCAGAGUCGGAGCCGAGAGGGCAACUCAUCCAUUACCAAAGCAGAAGCACGCAGUGGGAGAUGAAGACGACGGUCGCGAUGGUCGUCGGCCAGCUUCCGGUGCGCCUCACCAUGUACCCUUCGCCCUUCUCCUCCAUCUCGUCUGUCGCCGUCACUAAAACGGCAAUGGCCACGGCCACGGCCACAGCCACAGCCACAGCCGCGGCCACCCUUCAGGACAUUGCCGCCUCUCAUCCUAAAGGUUUUGCGAAUGUGGUGCUGAAGAAAGGGAAGACCCAGCUGUUCAAGGAAGGUACGCCAAUGGUGUUCAGUGGAGCCGUGGACAGGAUAAUUGGCCGCCCACCUCCCACAACCGGCGACGCCGUCCUUGUCUCUGACGCCACCGAAAAGCCGAUUGCCUGGGGACUUUACAAUUCCGCCUCCAUGUACGCUGUCCGGCUUAUGCAGCUUGAACACGAAGCAAUUAGUGAUCCUUGUUGUGCUCUCAACAUGGAGAAGCUGCUUCAGUCCAGGAUUGCUGAAGCUGUAGAGCUACGUAAGAGGCUUGGGCUUCCUUCCCGCCUCACCAAUGCGUACAGACUCGUUAAUGGCGAAGGAGACAGAUUGUCAGGAUUAAUAGUCGAUAUCUUUGGGGAUUUGGCUGUGGUGGCAUCUUCUGCUGCUUGGGUUGAGAAGUACAGACAGGAGGUGGAGGCAUACAUCAGUUCAAUCGACGGAGUUAAUCAUAUCAACUGGAGACCAUCCCUUGAAAUCCUAAAGAAAGAAGGUCUGGAUGUUGCCACUAUCAAACCAGACAUUCAACCUUCCUCUUGUCCUGAAACAACACAGGUCGUCGAAAAUGGGAUUUCAUACGCAAUAUCAUUGGCGGGACAAAAGACUGGAUUUUAUGCGGAUCAACGCGAGAGCAGACAUUUCAUAUCAACAAUUUCCCAAGGCCAGAAAGUUGCUGAUAUUUGCUGCUACAGUGGGGGUUUUGCUCUCAAUGCUGCCAGGGGAGGUGCCAUAGAUGUUACAGGUGUUGACACUUCGCUGCCUGCUCUGGAACUGGCCAGCCAAAAUGUGGUCCUCAACAACCUUGAUCCAGAAACAAUAUCGUUCUUGAAAGAAGAUGCAGCUCAGUUUAUGAAGGGCGCUAUUGCCAGGAAUGAAUCGUGGGAUAUUGUUAUUCUGGAUCCUCCUAAGCUCGCACCUUCACGAAAGGACCUGCGGAGUGCAUCUGGUAUGUACAGAAAUCUCAACACCUUAGCCAUGAGGCUAGUGAAGAGAGGUGGUCUUCUCAUGACGUGUUCGUGUUCAGGAGCUAUGACGCAAAGUGGAACGUUCAUGCGCAUACUCCAGGGUGCUGCGUUGACGGCUGGGAAGAAGAUUACCAUUGUCCGCCAGGCUGGAGCAGCAUCUGACCACCCGGUCGACCCAUCCUACCCAGAAGGAAUGUACCUCUCAAAUAUACUCCUUAGGGUCGUUUGAUGCCAUGACAAAAACCAUUGCUGUGCUGUACAAUUUGAAUUUGUAUCGUUCCCAAGGUUUUACAGUUUGUAGCGUAGGAUGCUCUGAAUAGACACUCUAUUAUCUCUAUUCCAGGAAAUUAUAGUUUGGCCUUUUAACAUCUUUCUCGAAUACAUUAGUCGGAUACAUCAACCAUAUGUCCAUAUUCGUGUUAGCCCCUCCAGGACUUCUGUUCUGUGAUAGAUAAAGAGGUCUUUGAGGCGCCUGAAAUUGUUUAAAACACAAAGAUUUCCAGUGCUCCUAGCUCAAGAUCAUUAGAUUAUUCUUCAAUAACUUACAGGGGAGGAUCCCUCGGAGUUCAGGUCAUUGUCGAAGAUUGUGAAUCAAGAUUAACAAUAACU